UUAUUGCUUUAUCGAGGGUGUUCGUGUAUGACGUUUAGUGUUGUAAUUCGCCGAAUGUGAACAAAAAAUCUAAAUCUGAUUCUACUUAAGACAGUGACCAUCGAUAUCAAUGCUAAAGAUGGAGCGGAAGAGAAUAAACUGGAGCUGGCUUGUUGUAGCGGAGAUCUUUGCCUAAGGGAGGUAACCUGGGAACGGCUCAUUCCUCGUGGACGAAAUUUGUGGAUCGUUUGCUGACAAAAUGGUAGUUUUCAACUGUAAUGCUUGUGGCGAGUCCUUGAAAAAGAACCAGGUGGAGAAGCACUACCUGACAAUUUGUCGUCGCUGUGAAGUUUUGUCUUGUGUGGAUUGUGGCAAGGACUUUUGGGGAGACGGGUACAAGGAACAUACUAAAUGUAUCAGUGAAGAAGAAAAAUAUUCUGGCAAAAAUUACAAACCUAAGGCCAAUGCCAACAAGGGAGAGGCCAAACAGGAGGCCUGGCUUGAGAAAGUUCAAUCAGCCAUAGAUCAAGCUAAUACAGAACCAAGAGUAAAGGCCGUGUUAGAAACACUUAAAGAUUACCCCAACAUUCCACGGAAAAAGGCGAAAUUUGAGAACUUCCUUGGGAACAGCCUGAGAGUGUGGGACAGGUCACUAAGCUCUAAAGUCUGGAAUCUUCUGAUGGAGAACAUAGACCAGAAAGACAACACUGCUCCGUCACAGACCAACUACACUGCCGAUUCAGGUUUGUGCACAGACAGCAGUUCCCGUAGAAACAAGGACAGUAACUCAUCAAACAAAGAUGUCCAGAAGCAGCCAGAGAAGGAAAACAAUGAGAGUGAAAAUGUGGACACCAAUGUGCCAAACAGUGGAAAAAAUAAAAAAGAAAGAAAAAAGAAGAGGAAACAUAAAGAGAAAGAGGACAUUAAUGAUGAAGAGGCCAGUGAUGAAAAGAAGGAUGAUAGGAUUUCAGAAAGGCUAGGGGAUAAAAUAAAAAAUGGCAAAAGAAAGGCUGAUAAAGUGGACCAUUCAGAUGCUGUGGAAGGGGAAGGCAGCCCCAGUUGUAAGAGGAGUAAAACCAAAAUCCAUUUUGAUUGGUCAGAGGUCAUAUGUGACAUUCUUCGAUCAAGGAGUGAUCAAGAAAUUUCCGUGAAAAAGUUGAAGAAAAAGGUUAUUGCUGAGUAUCUAUCACAAGGAGGAUUUGUGAAAUCGGAAGAAAAACUUUGGGCAAAGUUUCAGAAAAAAGUGACGAAGAAUCCCAAUUUGAAAGUGUUGAAAGACAGGGUGAAGUUAGUACAUGUACAGUGAUGAUACAACAGAAAGUUAGUUAGGAUUUAGAUGUGUAUUAUAAUCAUGAAAAUAA